AUGACCACCUGCAGCCGCCAGUUCACCUCCUCCAGCUCCAUGAAGGGCUCCUGCGGCAUCGGGGGCGCCCCCAGCCGCAUCUCCUCCGUCCUGGCCGGAGGAUCCUGCCGGGCUCCUAGCACCUAUGGGGGCCUGUCGGUCUCCUCCUCCCGCUUCUCCUCAGGGGGAGCCUGUGGGCUGGGGGGCGGCUAUGGUGGUGGCUUCAGCAGCAGCAGCAGCUUUGGUGGGGCCCUAGGUAGUGGCUUUGGUGGAGGAUAUGGUGGCGGCUUCGGUGGUGGAUUCGGUGGUGGCUUUGGUGCUGGCUUUGGCGCUGGCUUUGGUGGUGGUGAUGGCUUGCUCUCCGGAAAUGAGAAGAUCACCAUGCAGAACCUCAAUGACCGCCUGGCCUCCUACCUGGACAAGGUGCGUGCCUUGGAGGAGGCCAACGCUGACCUGGAGGUGAAGAUCCGUGACUGGUACCAGAGGCAGCGGCCCACUGAGGUCAAAGACUACAGCCCCUACUUCAGGACCAUUGAGGAUCUGAAGAGCAAGAUCAUCACAGCCACCAUUGAGAAUGCACAGCCCAUCCUGCAGAUUGACAAUGCCAGGCUGGCGGCCGAUGACUUCAGGACCAAGUAUGAGCAUGAGCUGGCCAUGCGCCAGAGCGUGGAGGCCGACAUCAACGGCCUGCGCAGGGUGCUGGACGAGCUGACCCUGGCCAGGACUGACCUGCAGAUGCAGAUCGAGAGCCUGAAUGAGGAGCUGGCCUACCUGAAGAAGAACCACGAGGAGGAGAUGCUUGCCAUGCGGGGCCAGACUGGUGGGGAUGUCAGUGUGGAGAUGGACGCAGCCCCUGGUGUGGACCUGAGCCGCAUCCUGAAUGAGAUGCGUGACCAGUAUGAGCAGAUGGCAGAGAAGAACCGCAGAGAUGCCGAGGCCUGGUUCCUGAGCAAGACUGAGGAGCUGAACAAAGAAGUGGCGUCUAACAGUGAGCUGAUACAGAGCGGCCGCAGUGAGGUGUCUGAGCUCCGGAGGGUGUUCCAGGGCCUGGAGAUCGAGCUGCAGUCCCAGCUCAGCAUGAAAGCAUCCCUGGAGAACAGCCUGGAGGAGACCAAAGGCCGCUACUGCAUGCAGCUGGCUCAGAUUCAGGGGAUGAUCAGCAGCGUUGAGGAGCAGCUGGCACAGCUGCGCUGCGAGAUGGAGCAGCAGAGCCAGGAGUACAAGAUCCUGCUGGACGUGAAGACACGCCUGGAGCAGGAGAUCGCCACCUACCGCCGCCUGCUGGAGGGCGAGGACGCCCACCUCUCCUCCUCCCAGCACACAUCUGGCCAGUCCUAUUCUUCCCACGAUGUUUCCUAUUCGUCUUCCUCUUCAUCAUCUACUGGCCGCCAGACCCGGCCCAUCCUCAAGGAACAGAGCUCCUUCAGCCAGAGCCAGAGUCAGAGCUCCAAGCACUAAGAUGCUUUGACCAAAGCCUCCUGCCCAUCCGCCGGCCUCUCUUCCUGAAGGCCUGGGUCAGGACCCUGUUCUCCCAGCGCAGUUCCCAGCUGUCUCC